AUGGAGAACGAUCAACACGAAGCGCCAGGUGCGCGCUCCUGGCUACCUUCAUUCCUUCGCAGCAAGAAGUGCACGGAUGCAAGUCCAAACGAAAGGACUUCAUUACUCCCCAAACCAGACGAUGAGGAACCUUUUGAGGGUGAUGUGGUCGAGGGAGACGAACAGAGUCCAAGCCAAAGGAUUGCCACCGAAUUCUGGAUACUUCUGAAAAGUUCAGUCCCGGUUAUUUUGGCCUACACGUUACAAAACAGUUUGCAAACUGUCUCUGUGUUGAUUGUGGGACGAUUGAGCCCUGAAGCUUUGGCCGUGGCUGCAUUUUCCUACAUGUUUGCAAUGUGCACGGCCUGGUUGAUUGGCAUGGGUGGCACAACCGCAAUGGAUACGCUGGCAUCAGCGUCUUUCACCGGGAGCAAGAACAAGCACGAUCUGGGGGUCAUUCUUCAGCGCGCCUUCUUCGUUCUUGGGCUUUUUUACAUCCCAGUAAACAUCCUCUGGAUCUUCUCGGAACCUGUGUUCAAGGCAUUGGGUCAAGAGGAUUACAUUGCUAGUGGCUCCUCCAAGUUCCUCACUGUCCUGAUACCGGGAGGACUGGGCUACAUCUACUUCGAAUGUUUGAAGAAGUAUCUGCAGGCACAAGGCAUCAUGAGAGCAGGCACGUACUGCCUGCUUAUUACCUCUCCCAUUAAUGCUGGACUUAACUUCCUCUUCGUUUACACCUUUAAGCUUGGUCUACUUGGCGCACCGAUUGCAACCGGAAUAUCAUACUGGCUUUCGUUCAUCUUACUCCUGCUAUACACCCGAUUUGUCGCUGGCUGGGAGUGCUGGGGUGGCUGGGACCGAAGGUGUUUCCAGAACAUUGGCAGCUUUGCCCGAAUCGCUAUCCUGGGAGUGAUCCAUGUGGGCACCGAGUGGUGGGCCUUCGAGAUCGUCGCCAUCGUUGCCGGACAGCUGGGCACCAUUCCUUUGGCUGCUCAGUCGGUCAUCAUGACUGCUGACCAAGUCAUGAACACGAUACCAUUUGGAGUGGGCGUUGCUACGUCUGCGCGGAUUGGCAACCUUUUGGGGGCAAGGAAUGCGGAAGGUGCUUCUCUGUCCGCGAACACGGCUGCCUGGCUAUCAAUGGUCCUGGGCGCAGUUGUGUUGGCCAUUCUCAUGGCAACGAAGAACAACUUCGCAAGGCUGUUCAACGACGAUGAGCAUGUGGUCAAGCUCACGGCCGACGUCUUGCCGUAUGUUGCUUUGUUCCAGAUUGCCGAUGGACUCAACGGCUCCUGUGGAGGUGCUUUGAGAGGCAUGGGCAGACAACAUGUUGGUGCAAUCGUUAACAUCGUGAGCUACUACUGUGGUGCCUUGCCUCUUGGGAUUUAUCUGGCGUUUCACGGCUGGGGUCUUGCUGGACUUUGGGUUGGCCAGUGUAUCGCAUUAUAUAUCGUCGGCGUCCUUGAAUGGGCAAUCGUUGCCUUCAGCAACUGGCACAAGGAAGUCGACGAGGCAUUCAACAGGAUGGAUCCGAGUGAACGGAUCGAACAGGGGGAGGGCGAUUUACAAUGA